AUGAAUGCCAUUCUUCCCUUGUAUGAUUGUAAACUCACUCUGUUUCGCCAUACCAAACCGAUCAAUGUUGUGAAAGUCAGUCCUGAUGGCCGAAAGCUUUUGAGCGGCGCGGAUGAUGGUAUGCUCAUCAUUUGGAAUUUGGAGGACGGUUCUGAGGAACAAACCAUCUCCGUCGCGUUCAACAGGCCUGUCACGUCGGCGGUGUGGAUUUCGAACCCUCAAGGAACACCCAAUCAGGCGUUCGCAUUUGGCACAGCAGAUGGGAAUCUCUUUGUAUAUGCAUAUCACACGAAUUACUAUGAUUUCGCUUUCUCAGCAGUCGCUCACAACGGAGUGAUCAAAGAUAUAGCAUUUGAUGCACAUCACAAACGCCUCGCUACCACCGGAAACGGAUGCAUGAAACUUUGGGAGAUAGACGAAAAAUGUUUCCCCGUGGAUGAUGAAGUGGAGCUACCAGCUCCCGACUCGCAUCACGGAAAUGCUGGGACAUUGCAGUUAGCCCUGGAGCUGAACACUGACUCCUGA